AUGACCCGUGCCCAAGAAGGAAGCCACCUGAUCCAGCGUGUUGCCAGCGAUCCCCUUCUCGCCCUGCACCCUCUUGCCAGCACUUCUGCGUGGACAAGAGCCGUCUUUCGAGGGCGAAUACUUCACAGCCUUCUUCAACUCAAUGGCGGUAUCAUCUGUUAUGUUGCCGCCCCACAGUCGGGCCAACAGCGGCGCAGCUGUAAGCAUAUCAGUAUGCUCGCCACUGCCGCCUUCAGCCCUCCACAGUGCACCAAGGAAACGACCCCUCCCACGGAGACCCGCUACCAUGGUCAGCAUCUGCAACUCCAGCUUGUGUCCAAGACCAUGAGCGAAGCCCAGAUCAACAACAUAGGGUCGGCCUACACCCGCUUCGAACGAAGAGAGAUCAGACCCUUGUGA